UGAAACCAUAAUGGCGGCAAAUAAGGACUGAUGUUACAAAAGAUGCAGGAUGUCAGGCACAUUGAGGACCCGUCUACAGACAAGUCACGUCUUUCUGAUGUCUGGCUUGUCUGGCGAGGAGAGGAAGAAAUAUGGAAAAAUUAUACAACAAUUGGGAGGAAUUUAUUUUGACAUUGAGUCUUUCAAGGCGAGCUGUACCCACUUGAUCUGUGGCAAACUCUCUCGCAGUGAGAAGUACCUGGGUGCUUGUGCUACAGGAAGAUGGAUACUGAAGCCUGAGUACCUCACAGCCAGCGACCGUGUGAAGGAGUGGCUGCCUGAGGAAGACUUUGAGUGGCAGCCCAAACAUGGGCAAAAGAGCCAAUCAGAUCCCUUGGUGCUUGCACCAAUCAGAUGGCGGCUACAAUUUUCCCUCACAGGUGAACCGGCCUUCAAGGGAUGGAAAGUAUCUGUUGUUGUUUCAGACAAUAAAAGAGGACAUGUAUAUAAAAGAUUGCUGAAGAGUGGAGGAGCUGAUGUCUACAGUGUCAAGCUGCCCGUGGACAAUCCAACAAAGAUCGCAAACACCAUAGCAUACGUGUUCACGGAUGGCAAGAUGGCGGUCCAACUUUAUGAUCAGUCUCUCAUGGAAUAUGGAGUUCUGCUGGUCAAGCCAGAAUUCAUUGGAGAUUAUCUCUUACAAGAUCCCAGGCCAGACCCGAUGGACUACCUUGCAACUGUGACACCAUGCUCUAAAUCCCCUGGCGACCACGCCUUUAUCAUGUCCUCUCAGAAGUCUCUGUCACAGUCCUCCCAAGCAUCCCAAACCCUCAAGUCAAAGCGGUCUCUAAUCAGUGAGUUGGAGUCUUUGGAUGGAACGUUUCUGUCUCUGAACUCCUCUCUUGUUGAUGCAAGAACACCGUCAUCUAGUCAAGGGUCAAGGACAUCUUCAUUACGGACUUCAAAAAGGUUUUCUGACUGUUUCCCCAAUGAUAAAGAUCCAGACAGUUCUGUACAUCCAGUACAUGGAUCUCAGCGAGUGUCCAACAGGAAGUGUGGGACUGAGUUAGAAGUAAGUGUAAAACGUAAGCAGACCAAAAGGCUGUCUAGAUCUGCCUCAAGCACCAUCAAGCAAGGACAAAAUUUGGGCGCUCUGCCUUCAUCACAAGAAUCAAGGUCUCAAAAUACAGCUGUGAUACCAGAUGCGGAUACUGUUGAUUUUGUGAUGGAAGAUGGACAUAUCUCUUUCGAAAGAGCAUCAGUUGGUUUGGAUUCUACAGGGUCUUCACAGUGUCGCCAAAGGAUGUCAAGGAGACAGGCCGGAGUAGAGCCAACGUGUCAUGUUGUCAGACAGGUGAAGGAGCUCUCCCAAGGGUCAAAGAAUGCUAAAAGAGAAAUAUCUGAUCCAGAUCCCCAAUCAUCUCUGAAAACAAAAUCACAGUCACAGCAAACACUUAAUACUUUUGUGAAAAAGCAUCACAACAGUCUGUCUGUGAAGAAAGGUUUGGAGAUGAAAGUGUCUGUUGCUUUGGUGGAUAUUGACAUGAGCUCAUCCCAGGAAGGAAGGCAAUCUCCCAGCCUGGCACCAUUCAAAGGUAUCCAAAGCUUGGAACCAACAUCAACAGCACUUGUAAAGAAACAUGCCAACAACCAAACCCUUGACCCUUGUUCUGUGUCAGGGGAGACAGUAGAUGGAGAUGUAGGCAGAUCCUCGCAGGAGCUAAGAAUGUCUCUGAAAAGGGCAACAAGGCUUACUACAUCUAAUUCUGAUAAAGGCAUUAAAACGAAUAACAGUCAAAAUAAGUGCAGUUCACAGAAACAAGAAAAGGAGUCCUUGCCUUCUAUGACAUCUAGUGAACCUGUGCCUGUUUCGGACAGUCCUCCAUGCCCAAGUGUAAGAAGUGGGUUGCUGAGAGUAAUCAGGAGCAGAGUUGUACCUGGCCGUGGAAGUCUCCCGGCUAGGUGUUUGUCUGAUUCUCUAGCUGCCAGAACACGUCCUGCUUCAACAGCCUCAUCCCCUGGCUCUGUGGCAUCAUGCCUUUCAGUCAGAAGUACACCAGAUUUGGAAAAAAGGAUCAAAAUGGACAAUGAGGUUAAAAACAGUUCACAAAAGAAGUUAUCACAUUGUUCAAUGUCAUCAUUCGUAUCUAGCCCAUUGUCUCAGGGCAGCUCAAGAAAAGUGUCACAGAGUUCCCUGGGAGACUUCGGUUUCAGUUCAACUAGUAAACAGCGUCCCAGAAAUACAGUGUCCCGCAAUCUGACUAGGAGUGUGUCUGCUUCACAAGGAACGUGUUCACAGCCGGAGGUUGUCAGUAAGAAAGAGAUGUCAACAUAUUUGUCACGACGAAAAGAAGUUUGUGAGGUUGCCCCUGACAACAAAGAACAAGAUAGGUCAACCAUUGAUGUCAAACCAGACAAAGUGAUAGAAGUUAAGAAGAAGACGUCGGUGACACCAACCAACCCACUGGUGCAGUCAUGUGCUGUCAAGAGGAAGAUCUUCGAGGAUGAUGUUGAUGAUGCUGAUGAUGGUGUGCAACCUUUGACGAAAAAGAUGAAGCUAAAACAUCCGGUUCAGCCAUGGUGUCCUCUCUGGUCUGGAGUGAAAGUGGACCAUCAGACAUCUAAUAGUGACUACACCCUACCAGGUCAGAUGCCAAGCUCUGUCAGCAACAUCAUUAACAUCUGCAUUGAGGAGAACUUUCAGCUGGAAGCCCUGACAAUGACCCAGGCAUCGAUACAAACGUAUCCUUCAUCUCACCUGCUGCACACACUGAUGACACAGGUCCUCCUGAAAGCCAAGUCCAGGCACAUAUCUCAGAUGGCGUACAGGAUCCUGAUGAAUAUCCUGACUGCCCAUCCCCCUAACAGCAAACUGAUGAGGGGCAUCUACCUCAACUCCUUCUACCUGCUGGAAGAUGGCCACGGGGAGGGGGUGUGGGAGUUCAUCAGCUUUGUUGUAGGGGGGGCUCUGUCGAUGGAGCAAGAUGCCCACAGGGGCAACCACUGUCUUCUGCUACAGUUCCUCGUCACGGUUUUCCGGCACAGCUUCCGCAGCUUUGUGUCAGAGCUGCAGUCAUCAGAUGAGAAGCAGAGACGGAAACUGUUGAGGAGUUGCAUGCUGGUCCAGUGUCUGUGGUACCCUUCCUAUCUGCUGUUCCCCAACUCUCGCACACAGCAGCUGUUGGACUUUGUGGGGCAGUGCUUGCUGCUGCCUAGUGACUGCACACACAAGGGGCAACUGUUGGAGAGUGUCCUUAGCCUUGUUUCCAUGGCAACACAAUGUUGUCAGAUAGCUGACCAUGGUGAGGUGACAAGUGGCUACCCAGACAUCGGAGAGAGGACAUCAUUGUUUGUGAAUGCAUUGGCUCGGAACAUUUCAGGCUGCAGUAUCAAGGAGGAGACAACUCUACUGACCACGCUUCGUAACCUACAGCCUGAUUGGUUGUGUCUGCGGAUUGUUCAGCUCCUGCUGGCCAAAAUGGAUGACUACUUGCUGGUCAAAGGACUAGAUCUAGGACAUCUCAACCUCACCAAAAUUGUGUCUCAGUAUAUCUUCCUCUUGCCAAGGUUGUCAAGUACAAAGAUAGCCAUGAAGGAAAUUCACAAGCGGCAGCUAAGAAGGCAUGGCAGACCGGAGGAGUGUGACGAAGAUCAACAGAGAGAUGGCAGUGGGGAACGACUCACCCAGCACAUGGCAGCCAAGAUCAACAAAACCAACAACAAGGGUGAGACAGCACUCCAUAUGGCUUGUAUAAAGAACAAUAUUGUGAAGUUGAAACAGCUGUUGACGGUGCCAGGUGUGGAUGUGAAUGCACAAGACCAUGCAGGUUGGACCCCGCUGCACGAGGCGUGCAACAAAGGCCAUGUGGAGUGCGUCGACACGCUGCUCAAACACGUCCCAGCCAGAACCAUUGACUCAUAUCUCAGCAAAAACCAGACCUGUAAGAAGGUGGACCUACUAGCCUGCACCCCGGACGGCAUCACGCCUCUCCAUGACGCUGUCGCCAGCAACAGACUGGACGUGUGUCGCCUCCUGCUCACACAUGGAGGGCCCAGCUUACUGACGGCUAAGACUUCAAGGGGUCAGUGUCCGUCCGACCUGGCCAGGACUCCCAGUAUGCGGACACUGCUGACCACGCUGCCAACUCCAAUGAAACACAGGGGCAUGGACUUCCACUCCUCUCAGGAGUCUCAGGACUCUCCCAGAUCUCACAAGAUAGACUUCAUGCCAGCCCCCUUCCUGUAUCAACAAGUAUUGGGUGAGGAAGGCAAUGAGGCGAUGGCUGACAUCACAGAUUGCCGUCUAUAUGUCACUCUGGUUACUCACCUUGUCCUGUCCUACAUUCACGCCAGCAGACUCCUGUCUAGACACCAAACACACAUACAACAGACACACACACACCAGACACACACGCAGCAGACACACACACACACGCAGCAGAAACACACACACGAGACACACACGCAGCAGACACACAUGCAGCAGACACACACGCAGCAGACACACACACACCAGACACACAUGCAGCAGACACACAUGCAGCAGACACACACACACCAGACACACACGCAGCAGACCAGACCAGUGUCUUUUCACACUGUCAAGGUUGUACCUGAGGUGGCAGUGAAAGAGAACCAACGGCCUGGACGAGUGUCAACCAGGGUGAGAAAACAACCGGCAAUAUUCGACUCUUAUGAUAUGGGCAAGCGGAAAGUUCUUCAAGAAGAUUUGACCAACGCUGAAACAGCCUUCCAUGGAGACAAGAGUAAACUAAUUUCACUUGGAAGCCAUGAGGCCAUGUUGGAAACAGUUGAUGAAGAGGAUGAUCUGUACAUUUUCCAAAGAAUCAAGUCUCAUCUCAGGAAUUUCACUCGUCACAUUAGCAAAAUUACUUCUGCUGAUGACUUUAAACUCCUUGAAACCAAACUUUCUGUGAUGAUGUUCUACAUUGCUGCAGCAUCAAGCAAGAAAUGAGGGUUGUUCAGAUGGUUUUAAUUCAUAUCUCAUCAACUUCAUCUUCCAGACUUCAAGAAUUUGUUAUUCCAAAUCAUUUUAUCCUUCUAGUCAUGUUUUUGUUGAGUUUAAUCCAAAUAUCUUUUAGUAUAUUUGUAGUUAUCGAUUUUAGAUCAUCCUGUUUUCUAUGGUCUUAUCAAUGUCUGUGAAUGAUCUUUUGUUGAACGCCCUAUAAUCAUAUAAGAGUACUGGUAUGAAAAUCUUGUAUAAAUACUUUAUUGAUUGUCAAAAGGUAAAACUGUAAAAUAGGUUGUUUUAUUCACAGUUAUUCAUACAAAGGUCACUAUACAGUUAACUGUUGUAGGACUUGUGCAACCAACUAUGUAAUUACAGUAAGGCCAGGCUUUUAGUUUUGGUUCAGAGGUGCUUUUGCCCAAAAAUUCAUGUCGGUUGGUCCAAAACCUUAAAAUUCCAAAUAAUUUUUGUUUCCUCAACAUGUUUAGAAGGGUAAAAAUAGGGGUUGUCCAUCUAUCUGAUAAUGGGUACUAAUGGGUACUCGGUAGUUCGAACAUAUCCAUUUAUCUCUGAUAACUCAGCUGUCUAAUGGGUACUUGGUAGUUCAAACAUAUCCAUCUAUCUGAUAACUCAGCUGUCUAAUGGGUACUCGGUAGUUGGAACAUAUCCAUCUAUCUGAUAACUCAGCUGUCUAAUGGGUACUCGGUAGUUGGAACAUAUCCAUCUAUCUGAUAACUAAGCUGUCUAAUGGGUACUCGGUAGUUCAAACAUAUCCAUUUAUCUCUGAUAACUCAGCUGUCUAAUGGGUACUCGGUAGUUCAAACAUAUCCAUUUAUCUCUGAUAACUCAGCUGUCUAAUGGGUACUUGGUAGUUCAAACAUAUCCAUCUAUCUGAUAACUCAGCUGUCUAAUGGGUACUCGGUAGUUGGAACAUAUCCAUCUAUCUGAUAACUCAGCUGUCUAAUGGGUACGCCGUAGUUCAAACAUAUCCAUUUAUCUCUGAUAACUCAGCUGUCUAAUGGGUACUUGGUAGUUCAAACAUAUCCAUCUAUCUGAUAACUCAGCUGUCUAAUGGGUAUUCGGUAGUUGGAACAUAGCCAUCUAUCUGAUAACUCAGCUGUCUAAUGGGUACGCCGUAGUUCAAACAUAUCCAUUUAUCUCUGAUAACUCAGCUGUCUAAUGGGUACUUGGUAGUUCAAACAUAUCCAUCUAUCUGAUAACUCAGCUGUCUAAUGGGUACUCGGUAGUUGGAACAUAUCCAUCUAUCUGAUAACUAAGCUGUCUAAUGGGUACUCGGUAGUUCAAACAUAUCCAUUUAUCUCUGAUAACUCAGCUGUCUAAUGGGUACUCGGUAGUUCAAACAUAUCCAUUUAUCUCUGAUAACUCAGCUGUCUAAUGGGUACUUGGUAGUUCAAACAUAUCCAUCUAUCUGAUAACUCAGCUGUCUAAUGGGUACUCGGUAGUUGGAACAUAUCCAUCUAUCUGAUAACUCAGCUGUCUAAUGGGUACGCCGUAGUUCAAACAUAUCCAUUUAUCUCUGAUAACUCAGCUGUCUAAUGGGUACUUGGUAGUUCAAACAUAUCCAUCUAUCUGAUAACUCAGCUGUCUAAUGGGUAUUCGGUAGUUGGAACAUAGCCAUCUAUCUGAUAACUCAGCUGUCUAAUGGGUACGCCGUAGUUCAAACAUAUCCAUUUAUCUCUGAUAACUCAACUGUCUAAUGGGUACUUGGUAGUUCAAACAUAUCCAUCUAUCUGAUAACUCAGCUGUCUAAUGGGUAUUCGGUAGUUGGAACAUAGCCAUCUAUCUGAUAACUCAGCUGUCUAAUGGGUACUCGGUAGUUGGAACAUAUCCAUCUAUCUGAUAAUUCAGCUGUCUAAUGGGUACUCGGUAGUUGGAACAUAUCCAUCUAUCUGAUAACUCAGCUGUCUAAUGGGUACUCGGUAGUUCAAACAUAUCCAUUUAUCUCUGAUAACUCAGCUGUCUAAUGGGUACUCGGUAGUUGGAACAUAUCCAUCUAUCACUGAUAACUCUGUUUGAUGGAAUACAUCCCCUUAUCUAUUAACUUUUCUGUUUGAUGGGUACCUGGUGGUUGGAAUACACCCCCCUAUCUCUGUUAAGUCAGCUGUUUGAUGGGUACCUGGUGGUUGGAAUACAUCCCCCUAUCUGUGUUAAGUCAGCUGGUUGAUGGGUACCUGGUGGUUGGAAUACAUCCCCCUAUCUCUGUUGAGUCAGCUGUUUGAUGGGUACCUGGUGGUUGGAAUACAUCCCCCUAUCUCUGUUGAGUCAGCUGUUUGAUGGGUACCUGGUGGUUGGAAUAUAUCCCCCUAUCUCUGUUAUUUCAGCUGUUUGAUGGGUACCUGGUGGUUGGAAUAUAUCCCCCUAUCUCUGUUAUUUCAGCUGUUUGAUGGGUACCUGUCGGUUGGAAUACAUCCCCCUAUCUCUGUUGAGUCAGCUGUUUGAUGGGUACCUGGUGGUUGUAAUACAUCCCCCUAUCUCUGUUGAGUCAGCUGUUUGAUGGGUACCUGGUGGUUGGAAUACAUCCCCCUAUCUCUGCUAAGUCAGCUGUUUGAUGGGUACCUGGUGGUUGUAAUACAUCCCCCUAUCUCUGUUGAGUCAGCUGUUUGAUGGGCACCUGGUGGUUGGAAUACAUCCCCCUAUCUCUGUUAAGUCAGCUGUUUGAUGGGUACCUGGUGGUUGGAAUACAUCCCCCUAUCUCUUUCCAUCUGCCUCUAUGAUGGGUACCUGGUAGUUACAAUAAAUCCCACUAUCUCCCCUCUGAUUAGUAGUAUGUCCUGUAAAUCCACGUCAACCAUACUGUUUGUAUGAGAAGCAGGAGUAGUGUAGGAUCUGAAUAUAGGUUCUAACAUUGAAACAUUGUGGAUUUGAAAGACCUGCAUUAGAAGUUGACACAGGUACCCAUGGAAUAUUUUGACAUCAUUUUCAAACAUAAGGUAAUUCUUUGAACAGAGAAAUGUGUUAGUGUGUGCUGUGGUGUAUGGUUCAUAGUUGUUCCUGCCUUUUGUGAGGUUUAUGUAAACUGGACAUCAUCAUAAUGGCGCAAAAAACAAAGUAUAAAUAACUAAAUAUAUGUAUUGAAGGAUUUUGCUCUUUUCAAGUGUUAAAUAUUUGUUAUGUAGUUGAACCUAUCAGUAAAAAAUGAAAAUCACUCACCAUGCUUGCAUUUUUGUCUGUGCUACUCUUUACAUGGUUUAAAUAUUUGUAUUGUUGAGCAUGAAUGGUUACUGAAGAGUUUAAUCAAAAUUGGAACUUUCAUUUUAAAUCAGUGGAAUUUAAUAACUCUAAUGUUGACUUGGGUGGGUCGAUUUCAAAGUGCCUGUAGAUUUGACCAUCUUGCUGCAGUGAAAGUAGUUAUCCUUGGAGGGCCAAGAUGCAAAAGUGUUUUGUUCUGCAUCCAUCUUGUAGUUUGCUAUGACAUAAGAAAAAGGAGGUAAUCAAUUAUUUCAAGAACUCUUCAUGUUGCUGCAGGCAUUAGGAGACCUUACCACUUAAUACAACGUCAAAGCACAGGGAUAUACCUUGGCUUCAAUGCAUCAUUUUGCCAUUGACAUAUCUGUGAAUUAUUUCAUGCAAUCUCACAUUGUUGCUGCCAGUGAAUGCAGAAAAUAUGUCUGCAGAAAA